UCUUCUCAAGUCCCUAAAAGCUAAGACGUCCUCAUGCUCUGGUCCACAUGCCACUGACAUAAGGAAGACAACCAAUGAUUCCAUAUCUAAAGUCCUAGACUGGUUGAACCGAAGUUCUCAUUCAGAUGACAAGAAAUCAUCUCUCCAAUAUUCCCAAGAAAUAGACCCCAAAGAAAAAACAGACUCAAAGUCACGGAUUGCUGUUGGCUUGGUGACAGAUGAUACCAGUCAAAAAGAAAAUGGCUCAAAGGCUCUGUUAUCCACCAAAGUUGAAUUGACACCUGUGGGAUCUGAUUCAACGUUCCAGGUAGAGGAAAAUAUGCCUUUUGGAAAUGGCGAAAAUGUGAAUAUCAAACCCAAAUCUAUUAAUUUGUCCCCACAAGGCAAGGAAAGUCCAGGCAUACUGCAACCAUUUGAAAUCUCCAGUCCAAAUCAAGAGAGUAAAACUGUGGACUACAGCCAAGUUUCAAAAAAUGUAGGAGAAGGAAUUGGGGUACUUCCUCCAACCAAUAACUAUUCCUACAGUGUUUGCAAAGGAUCUCAUGCAGAAGAUCAAGUUCCAUGCAACAUUAAGGAUGUUGACAGUUUAGGUGAAGAAGAGCCCAAGCUUUGUGUUUAUGAAAAAAAUAGAAGAAAGUCAGAAGUGAAUUCUGAGUCUUCAACAGUUAUCGAACAACGGAGUUUUAAAGACAAUGUGAAGGCAGAGAGAGAGAGCAAAGGAAGAGAUAGUUACAUCCUAAAAGCUUCUUCAGAAUCAGAGACUAUUGAGUCACCCCCUGAGGCUACCAACAAUAAAUCUCCUUGGAAGAAGCCUAAGGUCCAACUACAAGAAGCAGGUGAGAUUCCCCAGAAGCAAGUGCAAAGAGAGAAAUACAAAAGAGUGAGUGACAGAAUAUCCUUUUGGGAAGGUGAGAAAGCUGCUGCUAACUUAACUCAUACAGAACCGACAUCUUCAUUUAGUCAGGAACGACUUUCUGCUAAAGCAUAUCAGCCUGUGAAGUCCAUGGACAGUUUAUCUACGGGCUAUAGUAAAUAUAAUAAUCAAGUCACUGCCAAACAAGUGUUCCUAGAUAAGGAUGAUCAAGCAGCCCAUCUCUGCCAUUUUUAUUCCUCAAAUAAAACUAAAGAGACCGGGCCCCAAAUAUCAAGUCCAUCCAAAAAUGAUCCUUCAGCUGACCAACCAGGUAAAGUGUCUCUGUUCCAGAAUAUGACAACUGAGCCUAUAAGAUUACCAGUGACAGACAGUUUGCAUUAUGAAAAGGACAUUACUCUGCCACCACUGCAACUUCCUUCAAAUGUUGGGAGUGAAAUACAUACCUCUUUGGAGAAAGACAGAUCUCUAAUUGGUGAAUGGAAUCCCAACUUUAAAGUUAUAUCCCUAAAAGAAAGAAUGGAUGAACCCAACACAGAACAGGUCUACAAUCACUCUCAAUUUGAGAAUUUGAGAAAGUUUUGGGACUUAGGUGCCAAUCCAAACAGUCAAGAUAAUAUUGAGAAGAAUACUACCACAAGCCAAAAAAAUUCUGUGCCUUUUAAUAGCCAGAAACACAAAGAAUUCAGUGACAUUAAAUCAUCAGGAAAAAAUACCCAUGAAAGAGAGACGCUUCUAAGCCAGAAAAAAGUUCCGGCAGGAGAAGAAAUAGAGAAAUUAAAUUCAAAGGGCACACUCCAGGUGUUACCAAAUGAAACCACAUUUCCAUUGAGACCACCCAGAAAGUUCACUCAUCAGUUGCCAGGAUAUGAGUCAUCAAAGGAAAACAUGGGAAAAAAUACAGAAGGGUUUGUUACUCCAGUGUUCAAGGAAGAAAAGGAUUACUCUGACCGAGAGAUUCAAGAGAUUGAAGAAUCCAUCGUGAAAACAAGUGUUUUGUCUAAAGACUACAGAGACACAUUUAAUGACAGCUUACAGAAGCUGCUUUCAGAAGCCUCAUCACCAGUCAUCCAGCCCUCUGGUGGAAAAGUUCAUAAAAAACAAGCGCUUGAACCAGGUAUUUCGGAAAAUAAGACAUGGCCUCGAAAGACAGAUUUUGCUGAUACUGAGGAAGAAGCCAAAAGACCUAAGGAGAUCAUUAAUGAGCAUAUAGACAAAACAGUAGCUCCUCCAAAGGUCAAUUCGAACACUUUGACUGCUAGUCUAGACAAACUCCUGAAGGAAGCAACUGGAACUCCACCCUCUCCCUUGCAAACCGAAUGUGAACCGGCAACCACUAGGAUCAACUCUGAGUCUGAAGAGAGUAGAGUUUAUGAAAAAGGGAUAGAAUGGAGUCAGAACACAUCAGCCUAUCAGAGAGAGAUAAUAGCUUCUUUUCCAGAGGCAGAAACUUUGGGAAAUACAGCUCUCUCCCAGAAAGCUCAAAGUGGUUCAGAAGAAGAACCCAGUCCUGUUUUGAAAACUUUGGAAAGGAGUGCUGCUAGGAAAAUGCCUUCCAAAAGUCUAGAAGAUAUUGCAUCAGAUUCAUCAAAUCAAGCAAAAGUAGAUAAUCUGCCAGAAGAAUUAGUGCGUAGUGCUGAAGAUGUAGAUCAAAAAGCAGAUCAGGAACCAGAUACAAAUGAAUGCAUUCCAGGAAUUUCCACAGUGCCUUCACAACCUGAUAAUCAGUUUUCCCACCCUGACAAACUCAAAAGGAUGAGCAAGUCUGUUCCAGCAUUUCUCCAAGAUGAGAGUGAUGACAGAGAAACAGAUACAGCAUCAGAAGGCAGUUACCAGCUCAGCAGACACAAGAAGAGCCCGAGCUCUUUAACCAAUCUUAGCAGCUCCUCUGGCAUGACGUCCUUGUCUUCUGUGAGCGGCAGUGUGAUGAGUGUUUAUAGUGGAGACUUUGGCAAUCUGGAAGUGAAGGGAAAUAUUCAGUUUGCAAUCGACUACGUGGACUCACUGAAGGAGUUGCAUGUCUUUGUGGCCCAGUGUAAAGACUUAGCAGCAGCAGAUAUUAAAAAACAGCGUUCGGACCCAUAUGUAAAGACUUAUCUGUUACCAGACAAGGGCAAAAUGGGCAAGAAGAAAACGCUUGUAGCGAAGAAAACAUUGAAUCCUGUGUAUAAUGAGAUACUGCGGUAUAAAAUCGACAGGCAAAUCUUAAAGACACAGAAACUGAACCUGUCUGUUUGGCAUCGAGAUACAUUUAAGCGCAAUAGUUUUCUAGGGGAAGUGGAACUUGAUUUGGAAACUUGGGACUGGGAUAACAAACAGAAUAAACAAUUGAAGUGGUACCCUCUAAAGCGGAAGACGGCACCAGUUGCCUUUGAAGCAGAAAACAGAGGUGAAAUGAAGUUAGCUCUCCAGUAUGUCCCAGAGCCAAUGCCUGGUAAAAAGCUUCCUACAACUGGAGAAGUGCACAUCUGGGUGAAGGAAUGCCUUGAUCUACCACUGCUAAGGGGCAGCCAUCUAAAUUCUUUUGUUAAAUGUACCAUCCUUCCAGAUACAAGUAGGAAAAGUCGCCAGAAGACGAGAGCUGUGGGGAAAACCACCAACCCUGUCUUCAACCACACCAUGGUGUAUGAUGGGUUCAGGCCCGAGGACCUGACGGAAGCCUGUGUCGAGCUUACCGUCUGGGACCAUUACAAAUUAAGCAACCAGUUUUUGGGAGGUCUUCGGAUUGGCUUUGGAACAGGGAAAAGCUAUGGUACUGAAGUGGAUUGGAUGGACUCUACUUCAGAGGAAGUUGCUCUCUGGGAAAAGAUGGUAAAUUCCCCCAACACUUGGAUUGAAGCAACCCUGCCUCUCAGAAUGCUGUUGAUUGCCAAGAUUUCCAAGUGAACCCAAAGUCCACUGGCUCCUCCACUGAAAACUACUAAACAGGUGGAAUCUGAUCUUAAAAAUCUUACUAUGUAGAUAGAGAUCCUCACCUUCUAUCUAUUGCCAUAACAAAUGCUACACAGCAUGUUAAAGUCAACCUGCAUGUACUUCUUCGGUUACAAAGCCCAAGAGACUUAAAUGAUAACAAAAUAUGUAACGUGUUUGUGACUCCAACAUUAAAGAAGAUGUUUGAGAAAGUUAAGAAAAUCAAACCAUUGCUGCUGCUUCAAAGAAAAAGCUGCCAAAAAUAAUUAAAUGUGGGGUGUUAAUGAACAAAGUUUUCAAAUUUGCCAUCAUGUGUUUCUUUCUUUUUUUUUUUUUUUCAUUUUUUGGCCAUGCCACAAGGCUUGUCGGAUCUUAAUUCCCCGACCAGGGAUCGAACCCACACCCCCUGUACUGGAAGCGUGGAGUCUUACCCACUGGACCACCAGGGAAGUCCCACCACCAUGUGUUUCAAACCACAGUUUUGUGCUACAGUUAGGAGGGCCUGCCACUUGAUCAUUGAAAACCCUUGCAUGAACUGAAAAAAUGUUGGUUAUAGAAGAGUGACUGAAAGAUACUCCUACGAGGGGAAAAAAAGGCAGAAUAUCAGUGAUGAUAAAGAAUUUGUUCAUAAGAAAACUAUUUACUCUGUAAUCUCUAUUGAAAAUGGAAUUCCAUGUUAGGGCAAUGAGACUAUAUUUACUGCGUAUAUUUUUUGCCUUGAGAAACUUUCCCUUUUCCCAGUAUUAACGUCCCAAAUGUGCUUUGGUGCCACCCACUGGCCAUAGGUGGAAUUUAGUUUUGGGCUUAAUUUUCUCCUAAGGUAAGUCUCAAGCCUGUAUUUUGUAAUAGAGUGCCAGUAUAUAAAACAAAAACCUUGCAUAUAUGAGAUUCUGUUUUUCUUAUAACUCUACUAUAUGAAAGCAGCAUGAGAGUGGUUGCAGACAUGCCUUGCAACAAAGUUUUAAUUAGAAUGAAAAUUGUUAAAUUAUACUGUACUUCCUGUGUCUGUAUAAUUUUCAUAAAGUAUUUUGUAAAAACCCUUAAAAUAAAUUAUUAUAUGAUUUAAUUGUCAGAUUAA